CAAACUAAAAUCUAAAACUUCAAAUGAGUAGCUUUAAAAACAGUGCAGUGAGAUAUUAUCUUAUCACCAAGUGAGAUAAAAUUGUCAACAAUUUAUAUUCGACAGUUUAACAAACAAAAGAUAACGCCGAUUUUUACAUACCAUUAUUCACGAUUCAAAUAUGAUUUGAAAGGUUUAAACGUUUAUUAAACAAAUCGAACCGUUAUCAGUGCUUCAUUGAAACCCGGAUAUUUUAUAUGUUAAAAUGUCGUAAAAACACUGUCUAGCUAUAGUUUUUGCUAAACAAUAUAGGAAAUAUGGCAAGAGAGAAUUCACCGAUCAGCUUGUGUUUGAAGUACAUACUUUUCUUUGAAAACUUCAUCAUCUGGAUACUAGGAUUAGCUGUGACGGCAUUAGGUGCUUAUAUAUUGUACAUCAAGGAUAAGAAGGUGCAUGACGCUAUAGACUUUUUCUUUGACCCAUCAACAUUGAUGUGUACAGCUGGGUCAAUCACUAUAGUUGUUACAUUGUUCGGCUGGCUUGGAGCACUGAGGGAAUAUACAUGGUGCUUACGACUGUAUAACUGGAUACUGACCAUAUUUUUACUUGGAGAGAUCGUAAUCGUGGUGUUUAUUUUCGUCUUCUACUUUGUACCAAACGCUAAAGAAGAACUGGGUCUAUUUCCGGCUAAAACAUUCAAAAAUGCCAUCAAGAAGUAUGGUAUUGUAGAAGACGAUGAUAUGAAAAACCUCAUAGAUAACAUGCAGUCAUCUUUGGAAUGCUGUGGGUUUAGCGAUACAGACACCGGAUUCCUAGAUUGGAAUGACAACGAAUAUUUCAAAUGCAACAACACUGCGGCUUCAAAAAGCUCAACCAACCCGGAAGCAUGCUCAGUGCCGCCCUCUUGUUGCAAAUUAACACCGGGUGAAAUGAAGAAUGUACUUUGUGGUAGAAACGUUAUGAUACUGGAUCAGACUGGCAAGCUUACUGAAUCCAGCAGUCAUAAACCUAUAUAUAAACAAGGUUGUAUGAAGUCUGUAGGUACAUUUAUAAACGACCAUGCAAUUACUAUAGGCGGAGUUAUGCUCGGCGUCUUACUUCCACAGAUGUAUUUUAUGUACGUAGCUCGGACGCUACGAGAACAAAUACUUCAUCAGAAAUCUAAAUGGUGAUAUGGAACUAGCUAUAAUGUCAUUUUUUUGUUCUUGCCUCUACAUCCAAAAUGAGUGUUCAUUACUUUGCAUUUACGUAUGAUGAACAAUUAAAUUGUGAUUACAUAUCAUAAGAAUGAAUAUUUGCUACGGUCCUUACCCACGGAUUUCUUUUGUUUUAUUGCCGAUAUAAACAGCACGCGUUCAGACUUUUUGAUGUUCAAUUGUAAAAUAUAGUAAUUUAACAUAGGCGUGAGUCCUUUGACAUAGCAAAGUAUACAUAAUUUACGCAAACUAAAUUAAUGGGGUAGAAAAAUAUCGACAAAAAAGCAGUCAGUGAAAUUUUGUAUAAGAUGGCCAUUACAUACAUUUUUAAACAAUAAUACUAUUUUAAAAUUCUUUGCAUAAUCUUUUAUUAAGUUUGAAAAUUAGUUUACCUACCUGGUAGGCUGUUGAUGAUUCUGAUCGAUAGAUAAUCGACUUACCGUCCAAUGUCAAAAUGAAAGGACUCUACAAAAGACAGGAUACGAACAAAUCAUAGCUGAACAUAAAGAAAGACAACAAGAGCACUGUUCUAUUCUUUUGAUUAAAAUCAGUUAUUUCUCUUCUUCAGUAUUCUAAUAAUAUGACUAGGAUAUUGUUUGCAUAUCAUUGUUAACUAUUUGAUUUACAUUCAAUUUAAUAAAAAAACGAGUAAAAGAAAUAAAUAUUUGUUUACAGAG